GAGGCUGUUUACGACAGAUUACCUGAACUCCAGGCUGUGAUCCAGUACACAGGUUACCCGAAAUCCCCUGGAGUGAUUUCUUGGCAGAAACUUUUAGAAAUAGGACGGGAGUUACCAGACUCUUUACUCAUGGAGCGGCUUGAACAACAGGCAGUGAACCAGGCUUGCACCCUCAUCUAUACAUCUGGGACUACUGGCAACCCCAAGGCUGUGAUGUUAACUCAAGACAAUAUUACCUGGACAGUUGGACAGGCUCAGCGAAUCUAUUCCUGGGGUUAUGAUCAAGAAUCAGUGGUUUCCUACCUUCCUUUAUCUCACGUUGCUGGAACCUUUAUAGAUAUCUAUUUAAACAUGAUGGGAGGCGGUACGGUUUACUUUGCAGACAAGAUGGCACUUCAGGGAACCCUGCUGAAAACUUUGGUGGAGGCUAAACCUACUCUGUUCUUUGGUGUACCUAGAGUUUAUGAGAAGAUACAGGAGAAGAUGAUGGAGAUUGCUAAGAAAAAUACGGGAAUGAAAAAAUCAGUCGGAGAUUGGGCGAAGAAAGUUACCUUUGAGCAUCAUCAAGCUCUAAUGGAAGGUCGAGCCGGUAACUCUUUAAGUUACAAGAUUGCGAAUAAAACAGUAAUGGCUGGAGUAAGGAAAGCUUUAGGAUUUGAGAAUACCAAGGGAUUCUACUCCAGUGCUGCCCCACUCAGUGAAGAGGUCUUCAAGUACUUCCAGAGUCUGGAUAUGCCAAUUCAGGAAUUGCUGGGUAGCUCAGAGACCAGUGGGCCUCAGAGUGCAUCUACGCCAGGAGUAAACAUGAAGAUUGGUAGUGUUGGAAAAAUCUAUCCUAGCUUUUUGUAAACUUAAGUUUAUAUUCC